AUGGCUACAUGGAGCCUUGGAAAAAACAGAAAAACUAUGUUACUUGAAUUGCAAUUCAUCAAUGGAUUUGUAGUAAUUUUAACCUUAGCUUAUUUGAUCAUGACAUCAAUUGCAAUUGCAUAUUUAAUUGAGCCACAAUUAAGGUCAGAAAUCCAUAAAUCUAUCAAGCAAGUGUACGAUCGAUCACAUCAAAGUUUCGAUCAUAUUUCACUUGAUCGCGGUUUAUAUGUCUGUUCAAGUAUUGUGAAGGCAAUAAAAACUAUUCGACUUGGUGAUAUUCAACGAAUCAAUUUUUAG